AACCGCUCCAUCGUUCGAUGUAUCAAGUACCCUGAAUAUUAUAAGAAAUUUGGAGUAAACAUGCAAGCUGGUGUGUUGCUGUUUGGACCUCCGGGCUGUGGGAAAACACUAAUAGCAAAAGCAGUUGCACACGACGCAGGGGCUAAUUUUAUUCAUAUUAAGGGUCCUGAAGGAUUGAACAAGUAUGUUGGGGAGAGUGAAGCAUAUAUAAGGAGGACAUUCGCCCGUGCACGACUCAACUCCCCGUGCAUUUUAUUUUUUGACGAGAUAGAUGCUUUGACAACAAAAAGAGGUAUGGAGGGAGCAUGGGUUGUUGAACGUCUCCUAAACCAGUUACUUAUUGAACUUGAUGGUGCUGAUCAGCGUGAAGGUGUUUAUGUUAUUGGAGCUACAAAUAGAAUUGAUGUGAUAGAUGAUGCUCUUCUACGGCCUGGUAGAUUGGGGCAGAAGUAUUUUGUACUUUUGCCCAGUGCUAAUGAGCGGCAUUCGAUAUUAAAAGCCCUAAUAUGUUCUCAGAGAAAACCUGUAUCCUGCACUGUUGAUUUGGAUGCAUUUGCACGUCGUGAGGAGUGCAACAAUCUCUCUGGCGCUGACCUAGCAUCGCUGGUGGACGAAGCAGCCAAGGAAGCUUUGGAUGAGAGUUUGGAACUCCUGGAGAAUGGGGCAUUAUCAAUAAGUUCACUGUGUUCAGUUGCUUCGAUUGAAUUAUCGCACUUUGAGCAAGCUCUGUCUAAAAUAAAGCCGUCGGUGUCAGAACAGCAAAGGAAGCACUACGAGGCCUUGUCACAGAAAUACUCGGCAAUGUAA